UAUUCAGUGUUUUCUGUGGUGAUACUAUUAAUCUGUGAGUGAUAUUCUGUGGUCACUGGUGGUAUUUUCGUAUUGGGUGCGUCUGCGAUUGCGUUGUUUAUCCGUUUCACCGUUUCACUUUCGUUUCGUUCGUUUAACCGUUUCGUUUGUGAACAAAAUGUCGAGUACAUCACAAAAACAUCGUAACUUUGUCGCUGAACCUAUGGGGGAUAAGGCAGUAACUGAUUUGGCUGGAGUUGGAGAGGUCCUUGGACGGCGAUUGGAAACCGCAGGGUUUGAUAAGGCUUUUGUAGUACUAGGACAGUUCCUGGUGCUAAAAAAAGAUAAGGAGCUAUUUCAAGAGUGGAUGAAAGAAACAUGCAGCGCCAAUUCUAAACAAUCUGCAGACUGUUACCAGUGUUUAAAUGACUGGUGUGAUGAAUUUUUGUAACUGUUAUUUAUUUUCUGAGAAGAUUUCACAAACAUAAAAAUAAUUAUUUUGAUAUUAAGGAUCCUGGGCCUUGUCUGCACUUGGCCACUAUGCUGGCUGUUGUGCGUAGAUAUUAAGAAUAAUUGAAUAAUAAGAAAGAUGUAAAUAAUAUAUAAUAUAUAUAUUCUGCAUUUA